AUGAAGAUCUUCUCGUCUUCCUAUACCUUUGACUAUUCUUGGGAGGAGGUGAGCACAAACAACUGGCGCAAAUACUGCCCUUGGAACGAUAAAGCCUCCCAUGUUUUGGCAGUCGACACGAUCUCUCGCCACAUCGAUCCUCAGACAGGCAUCCUUCGCACCGAACGUCUUAUCACAUGCCAACAAAACGCGCCGAAAUGGAUUCUGAGUAUCAUUGGAGGAGAAACCACGAGCUAUGUCUACGAGGUCUCUUACGUGGACCCGGCCUCGAAAAAGGUCACAAUGUGCAGCACAAACAUGACCUGGUCGAAUCUUCUGGAGUGUCGGGAGACCGUGGUCUACCAGCCUUCAUCCGAUGACACAAAACACAAGACAGAAUUCCACCAACAAGCCAAGAUUGUGGCAUUAUGCGGUGGAUGGCAAAAAAUUCGUUCCAAAAUCGAAGAAGCGAGUAUUGAGCGGUUUCGAGAAAACGCCGCUCGCGGUCGGGAGGGCUUCGAAAUGGUAUUGGAAAUGUCACGCAAAGUCUUUGGUGAAGAAAGAGAGAGAUUACGAGCGGGCUUGCCAGUCACUGUGUGA